AUGCUCUUGCUGGGGCUUGUACUGCCCCUCGCACUUGCGUGUGUCCCCAACACGGCCGACUUGCAGGCGCUCCUCACCACAGGUGGGAAGGGGUACGUCCUCUCCCUGUGUCCUGAUACUGUUUACUCGGUGUCCAAGUCGCUCAACUUCACCGCGCCAGAGCAGGAGAUCAGUACCGAGGGAUAUCCGACCGACGGGAGUCGGGCUACCCUCCGCGUGGUGGGGGGGACUUGUGCCGUUAGAGCUUCAGGGGACGGGCUGGAUGGCGUGCGACUGAGAUAUGUCCAGGUGGACGGAAACCGGGUGGGGAACGCUAGCGCGUCGGGGACCAGCCAGGGGAAUAUUGAGGUUGGGGGGAAUAAUCGUGGACAGUUGGUCGAGUGGGUGCGGAGCUUCAAUCCGCGCGGUUGGACUUGUUUGCAUGUCACAGAGGGUACCCUCAAGUGCACGGAAACCGCGAUACAGCAUAACGAUAUCGGACCAUGCGGACAUGAUACGUGGCAGGACUGGGCCGAUGGUAUUAGCCUCUCGUGCGCCAACAGCACGGUGUACAACAACACAGUCGUGGACGCGACCGACGGCGGGAUCGUGAUCUUUGGCGCCCCAUACUCAAUCGUACACGAGAACAGGAUUAGAGCCCAAACGAGAGUGAUGCUGGGAGGCAUUAAUCUCGUCGACGUGCUUCCCUGGAAGCCGGGGAACUACUCGGGCACACGUGUCCUCUCGAACCGCAUCGAAGGCGGCUACGCGACCUCCAUGGGCAACGAUACACGUGGCCCAAAUGAGCAACGCGCACUCAUCAAGAUCGGUAUCGGCAUCGGGCCGCGCGUGUGGUGGGACGAAACGUAUCAGAACACAUCGCGGGGCGGCGAGGUCGCGAAUAAUGUCCUCUCUGGAGCGUUUACGUUCGGUGUGGCGGUCGGCGGGGCGCAGAACUUCCAGAUCACGAAUAACACGUUUGUGGGGAAUGAGACGUUUAUCGGCCAGUAUGGUCCCAACUGCACGCAGUCGGACAAGACACCCAACCCACCAGUCGCACUUCUCCGGGAGCCCGACUCGCUCACCAGCGUCAACAUCGCCAAACGCAAUACUUACGACUGGGUCGACGGACGUGUACAGGGCCUCACGUGCUUUGUGCCGCCAGCCGCGAGCGAAUGGGCGUGGCCGUACGGCGGUGGCGGGGUCAAUGCCGACCCAACCACGUCGGUAUCGCCAACACCGACCGCCGGCGUUGACAAGAAGGGCGCAGCAGCGAACAACGCACCGGCCGCUUGGCUGCUUGCGGUCGCUGGCCUUGUGAUUGUUGUUAUUUAG